AUGUCUUUAUCAAAUUAGAUAUUGAGUUUAUUACGAACACAAGAAACCUACAAGUAAAUAAAACAGUAUGUGGAAAUGGUUAACAAGAAAGAUUAGUAAUAUCUGGCAUAAUAUCUAGGUCUGUCUAUUAACCAAUCUGUGAUGCUAUUGUUUCGGCUCUCAAAAUUAAAGAGUCUGUUUUGAACUUAAUGGCUACAAGGUUGGGUAAAGAGGCAGUAGAUCAACAUAAUAUGGAUUUCAAUGUAAUGUUUUCAGACAUAUGUUUGCCCUAUUAUGAAAAGAUCGCUGAGUUUAAGAAGGAUGAUCAGAGUGAUGAUAGAGGAAAGUCAUAUUUCUCAGAAACUCCAGAUAAAAAUCAAUCAUCAUACGGAAAUAGCUUUUUGAGACUUAUUCUUGAGAGCAUAGAGGCUUGGGCUAAAAUAUACACAUGUAAGAGCGAUUAAGUCACAAUCUCUCCUUUUUUUCUGGCAUAUGGAAGACUAGUGAUGAAGAAAGUCAAAUUCCCUAAAGAAUUCAAAUAUUACAAGUCGGAGGAAGUGGACAAGAACACAACUGCCGCUUUUUGGACACAUUCCAAAAACAUACCUUAGGUCUUGGAAGAUAGUAAAUCAACAAAGCCAGUUUAACCGGAUCCCUCAUUUAAAUAAAACCCAUCAAGUUUAACAGAAAAAGCGCAGAAGCCUCCAUAUACUCCUGGCUCUGGUCCUGGAAGUGAAAUCUAAAGGGAAAUUAACCAAAGUGCACAAUUGUUGAUUAAUUAAUAUAGCCAAUUGAAAACUUAAUUAACCGAGAAGGCAUUAAGUUUAGGGUUUAAAGCUGCAGGUCAGUACAUUAAAGAUUUGAGGGAAGUAAACUAGAGCUUGUAUCUUCUGAUGGAGAAGAUUGAUAACAAAGUUGAAGAAUUAUUGAGUUAGGAUGACGAAGAUAGUUCUUUGGAAUUAUUGAAUGUUUAGGAUGAGAUAAAGAUUCUCUAUUAAUAUUUUCAAAAGUUAUAAAAGGAUGAAUUCACUCCACAACAAUAUAAAAAUAAAUUUGAGAAAUACAAACAAUAAGCUCCCAGACAACAGAAAGUACAUUUGCAAUCUAUCUAUGAAGAGACUGAGAAUUCUUAAUCAUCAAUGCAAUUCGGUAAAGUUGAUAAGAAGUUUGUUCCAAAUACCAACAUAGACAGUCUUGGAUUGCAGUAUAAUCCUGAGUAAAUUAUGCAAGAUUUUCAAAUCCAAUUAAGCGGCAUAACAGAGCAACACGAGAAAGAAAAAUUAAAGAUCCAAUAGGAACAUGAGUAGGAAGUAUCAAAUCUGAAAAGGCAAAUACAAGAUUCAAAUUAGAUGAGGAUCAUGUUGGAUAAUCAAGUUUAGGAGUUCAAAAGAAAGGAGAACAAAUACAAAGAAAUUGAGUAGCAGUAUAUAGACAUUCAAAAGAGAAACAAUUCAUCUUAAUCAUCAGACGAAGUCAAAAGAAUUAAUACUACCUUAACUGAUUAAAUUAAAGCAUUGAAAUUAUCAAAUGAAUAAAUGUAGAUUUAAAAGGAAAAAGACAGGAAUGAUAUAGAUAAAAUGAGAAUCCACAUAGCGGAUUUAAAAGAUGAAAAAGAAUCCUACAAAGACUAAUUAGAAAAUCUAAAGAAAUAAUUGAAUAAUGAGAAAAAUUAAGUGAAUAAUAGAUUACAGUAAUUAGAAGAAAGUCAUAAAUAAGAAAUUAGAUAACUACAAGAAUAAAUGAAAUUCUCUCCUUAUCUUGAUAAUCAUAAUUUUGACAAAACAACUAGUAAGGAGAUUCCUGAUCUUCAGAAAAGAUUAGAGAAUGAGAAGUCUAGAUCUGCAAAUUUAAUACAGGAUCUUAAUCACAAAAGUGAACAAAUAAAAAUACUAGAGCAGGAGUUGAAAGCUAGAUAACUAGAAUUAGAUUAAUCAAAAGCUGAGUAAAAUAUUUAGAAUACUGCUUUAAACAUAAAAAUCUAACAGUAACAUUAAGCUGAAAUACAAAAUUAUAAAUAAUAAUAUUUAUUAUUGGAAACAUAGAAGAAGAUAGAAGAAAAUUAGUAUAAAGAGAAAAUUAAUCUCCUUGAAUAAAAGUUAAAAAUCUAAUUUAGUGAAAAUGAAAACCUUAGGAAUGAAACUUAAUUCCUUUAGAACAAAAUCUAAGAAUUAAAUCAACAUUUAUAAUUAGAGAAGACACAAUAAAAGUCUGAAUAGAUCUAAAUUGAACCUCAAUAGCCAUUAUUUAAUAAUAAACUUGAUUUGUCUAAGAUCAAAGAGACGGGUUUUGAGUAUGUCUAAGUAUAAUCCCCAUAGUCAAUUUCAAGCAAAUAAAAUUAUUCUUAAGUUGUGAAUACAGUAAACCAAAAUAAACAAGAAAGACCUCAAUCUAAUGUUCCCUAUUCUGGUUAUCUAAACUUUUAAAAUUUACAGAUUGAGUUUGUUGACAAUGUUAAGAAUUUAUUCAUAAGAACUUAAUAAAUUAAGGUGCCUGUGCAAAGUGAAAUGAUAUAUCCAUAUCAUACAGCAGAAGAAUACUAUGAGAAGAAGAUUCGUCCUCAUAAAGGGAUUGUAUUAUAAUGUAAAAGGACCAUACCUAGCAUGAUUAUUAAUCAAUAAAAUUUGCAAUUAUACAAAAUGUACCAUUUGAAUAGAGUCAAUAAUACCAUUUUUGUUGAUAAUUAAGAUAUUAAAAUAGCAGUGAUAAAAUAUGUUCAAAAAGUCGGUUCUCAAUUUUAUAUUAACUAUGGUAUAUAUUUCAAAACAGACCAACAGAGUUUGAACUUGAAGGCAUAUGUGAAGAAUUUGAUAAACUUUGAAACCAUAUGGACAUCACAGCAAGAAAUCUAAUAAAAUUUAUAGAGAAAACAACAAAUACUUUUGGAAGUCAGUAUUAAACUACAACAAUCAGAGAUCUCUGAAGCGCCAAUAUUGGAAGUCAAUUAUAAGUAAAAAUAUAUGAUAUUUAUAAUUUAGUAAUAAGAUCUAAUAGGUUUUAUUGCCCUUACAAAUUCUAAGUUUGAUUCAAUACCGAAAAAUAAGUAAAAUUGGAUAUCAGAGAAAGUGGAAGACUGCCAAGAUAUACAGAUCGGAAGUGUUUGAAUACAAUACAUUAAUAUUGCCUGAUCAUAAAGAUAUCACAAAAUUGAAUGAAUGUUUUUCUAUCACAAAUCCAGAAAAAUUAGAUAGUUAUGCCCAAGGUUUGGAUGAAAUUAAAUAUUUUGCUCAGUUUUAAUUGUAAUUUUACAAUAUAGAGGGAAUCAUAAAAUUUGAAUUGAUGCCUAAUCAAAAAAUGAUUAUCUUUGUAGGAGUAGAGAAUUCUAAACAGAGUUAAUAGAUUUAGAGAUUGAUAAGUAUAUUUUAGGAUAUUUUUACCUGA